GGUGUCUAGAGCUUAAUUAUUUUGCUCCCAAAUAGCCAAAUCAGUUUCUAAUGAUUCACUAAGGUUGUGUUUAGAAUUCUUGUGUGAAAGUAGAACCAGGAAUAGCAUCUUGUUUUUAGUUCAGUAAAGAAAUUUCGCAAUCGGUGUUUGAAGUUUACUUUGCUCAAUGUCAUUGCCAAUUUGAUGAAGUUAUGUUUUCGAUCGCAUCAAACAAUAGCGAACUUGGUAGAAUAAGUAAAGAAGCUGUAGAGACCAAGCGAGAAUUUCCUUCAUUGCCCUCUGGGGUUCAAGGACUUGGUAUGGGAUUACCUGACCUUAAAACUAAGAAGAAGGGGAAGCAAAAGGUUGCUGGGGGAUCCCAUGUCACAGAGGCGCUUGAUAAGCUCAGAGAGCAGACGAGAGAGGCUGUUAGGGGUCUGGAAACCAUGAGCCCACAAGCUGGGGGAGAUGAUUUUUCUAAGGAUCCGAUGAUGGAUGAGUGGGUCAAGCAGUUUGAGGAACUUGCUGGCGGUCAGGAUGUGGGAUCUGUGGUUGAGACCAUGAUGCAACAGCUUUUGUCCAAGGAGAUUCUUUAUGAACCAAUGAAGGAAAUCGGAGAAAAAUAUCCAAAGUGGUUGAAAGAUAAUGAAGCAACUUUGAGUAAAGAAGAAUAUGAUCGUUGUUUCCACCAGUGUGAACUCAUUAAAGAGCUUAAUGGAGUGUAUGAAAAUGAUUCUGGCAACUACAACAAAAUCUUUGAGAUCAUGCAGAAAAUGCAAGAAUGCGGCCAACCACCUAAUGCUAUUGUGCAGGAACUUGCUCCCGAUUUUGAUCUAUCUAGUCUUGGACAAAUAUCUCCAGAGUUGCUAGAGUCACAGGGAAAUUGUUGUAUUAUGUGACAGAUGUCUUCACUCAGGGAUAUUUAUCAGUUAUCCCCUUAAUUGUUUCCUUUAUCCCUUGGGGGAACACGAAUAUCUUUCUUUCUCUCCUCCUUUUUUCAUAUUUGUGAAAGAUAAAGUCAUUAGGCUCCUAGUUACAGUAUUAUUACAUCAAUUUAUAAUUCAGUUGCCAAUUUCAGAUCAAGGUUUAGAACAUGUGAGCUUGUAUAAAAUUUGGGGUGAUAUGAGAAGGAAAAUUUAAAUUUUCUUGAAGGCUA